AGCGAUUCUGUUUUUACCGGUAUGGGUUUUCACGAUGGUUGUCAAGGAGAAAUGGAAGAACAUCAGUUCUAUUUCAGUCCGCAGAAGAUACGGCUAGGAUCGAUCGCAAAAGGUUUUUCUCGAUCGAGAUAGAUCAGUCAAAAACGCGUGUGAUUGUGCACUUAAGUAAGUCUUGAACUUGCUUUGGUCUGUGCGUUUUUAGGGAUCUUUAGUUUUCGUUAGAAUUUUCAUGUUCAGAAAGUUUAUGGUUUGCAUUAUGUUACAGUGAAAAUAUCUUUCAAUCCAACGCCACGCACUUGAACUUUGUCGAUCGCGUAUGAGAAAUUAGUUUUGCCGAAAAAAAUUGAUCACAACAAAAAGUUCGACCCAGGCUCUUUCACCACUUGAAAGGAAUGAAGGCGUGGUUGCCAGGUUCAAAACUUCCUGUUAAAUUAUCACGUGAUCCGUUGUGUUCGUUUCGUUCGCUUGCAAAAUGGCGGUUUGAUCGGCUGAAUUAUUCGGCAUUAGACCUCGUAUUUCGCCCAUGCCUGACCAUUUCCGCGUUUGAAAAGAUCAGAUUUUCACGACGAUAUCGACCUGUAACUGGUCUUGCGGAAAAUGAGUACGGAAAAAGGAGAAACGAAGAGAAAGAAGGGUUUAACAUGGGCUGAAGCGGCGAAACAGGUGCUAGAGAGGUCUCUGGAACCUCUCACUCACAAAGACAUCCUCAAGGUUAUACAAGAGGAAGGUUUGCGCGAUUUAAGCCGUGGGACAGCUCCUUUAGCAUGUCUGAAUGCUAUGCUUCACACCAACUCUCGUGGUCCCAAUGAUCUCUUUAUCAAGGUGGAGGGGCGAAUGAGCUGCUACAAACUCAAUCCCAACAGAGUUGAAACCUUGGAAGAAAAUUCUGUGCAAGAUUCUGACUCCGACCUCAUGGACAUGGCUGACGACUCAGAAUUUAACAUGUUCCUCGACAAGGACAGCAUAAAUGGCCCACAUCUCCACAAUGGCAAAGUGAAGGUGCCCUUGGGAACGAACGAUAUCAUGAAGCCGCAGCUAAAACCACCCCCGCCCAAUCCGCCAUCUGAUCUUAAGCCAAAAGUACCGCUCACCAAAGAUGGAAGGCUGCAGAAGAAGCGUGGUCCCAAGCCAGGACCACGUAAUCAGACAGCAAAUAAAAGGCCACGUUUAACGAGUACACGACCUGUUCCAAAGAUGGUGUUAAAAAAUCUCAAAGUGGGUACUGUUGAGAGCGGCACAGGUGCAAGUGGAAAGAAUGGCAAUGGGAAAGUAAAAGCUCCGUGUGCCCUUGUUCCACCCUCAUCCAAACUAAUACCUCCGUCAAGUGCAUCCGUGACUGCCAAUGCCAUAGCAAGCCACAGCUUUCCAAGGCCUCCAGGCUCUGCCAAUGGUGUGGAUGGUAAAGAAAAACUAGAGAAAUUUUCUGAUCUUUGGACAACUUCAAAGCCAAGACGAUACAAGAAAAUGAGUGUUGCUGCCCAGCUGAAGAGAACCAAAGAAGGACGAGUAGAUAUCCAGUCCCCAGACUCCAUUCUCAUUAACAUCCCCCUUCGUUCACUUAUAAACCAGCGCACAUUCAAUAUGCUUCCACCAUGGUAUCAGUACCAGUUGGUGAUGCUGCUACCUAAAGUUGACAAAUCAAUAGGACCUGACGGAGCACUGAGACCAUCACACACUGCAUUUACUAAUGAGUUCUUUGCUAGCGCAUGCCAUUCAUGGAAGGACCGGCUUCAGGAUGGUGAUUUUAUGACUGACAUGCAGCAAAGAAUGAAACAGGAGGAAGAGAGGCUGGCUAAGUUAGAUCCCUGGAAGGCUAAGUUCUUUGAACCUGUCUGGGGCAAAAAGAACCUUUCCGAAGACGAUUCUUCGCCCCAAGACCUAGCUCGUUCCUAUUUCACCGCGCCACUUGCCCCGGCCCCAGCCUCUUCACCCAGAAGUACGAUUACCGCUGGUCAUAAGGAUCCCAGUUACGGCAGGUCACAGUUCUCCCCAGCUAAAUCACACAGGAUCACAAGCGCCAUGAUACAGCCGCUGACUGUACCUGUGCAAAAACUGCCAUCGCACUGCCUUCCCAAACGGGUGACGGAGUCCAGAAGAUCGGAGGCGGCGAAGCAGCUCCGAGCAAACGCCCGACCGCCUCGGCAGCGGUCCAUACCCAUUUUCAGGAUGGUCACGGUAGCUGUUGCUACGGAGGCUUUGAAAGCCGUAACAACUAGUGCGCCGCCAAAUAUGCUUACUGCUAGCACGGCAUACGCCAAAAAACGGACAAUCAAGACGCCAUGCAGCGAGGCUGGUUCUAAUAGUUCCUUAUCCAUGGAUUCAUCAGCGACUUCUAUUUCUAGCGCGUCUAUACUCUCUAACGAUGGAGUAGAGCUGCGUUCGCCGUCCUCGCUUAUAAAACCGAGACCGCCGUCGCGCGCUGCUAUGCGUCAGCAAGCGGCGGCUAACAGAGAGAACUUAACACGUCGGGGCGCUGUUUCGGGCAGCGCCUCGAAAAGUGGUUCCACGUCCACCGUGGUUUCCGCCAAGAACUUCAACAGGUCGAUGUUGCUAAAAAGUUGUUCAUGCCGGUUAAAGGCGAUGGAGAUUUGCAGAAAAUGCGGUGCGUUCUGCCACGACGACUGUAUAAACACAGCCCAGCUUUGCAACGCUUGUGUAAGCGUGAACUAAGUGCGCGUCUUCGACGAUCACAAAGAAGUCACUUUAUUCCCGUCCUUAAAUUUAUUGUCAUUUGGUUUCCUCAACUCAAACAAGGUGAUGCAGCAUUGCAGUAACAAGUGUUUUUUUUAAUUCCAGGUUCCAAUAUUCUCAAACCGCCGUGUUUGGUCUUUGUUUGUAAGAUAUAGCCCUGUCUUUUUUUCGAAGUAUGAAAGGUCUACCAAGUUUAACUCGACGAUGUUUCAUGUAACUAGCUGUAUACUGGAGAACGUUUUUUUUAAUUUUACAAUCGUUGAUAGUCUAAAGAAGAGACAGAACAAUUUAUUUGAAUUAUGUAAGAUAACAUAUGAAUGCAAAAUAUUGUAAAUAGUAACCCAAAUGACCAGGAAAGUUGGAUUUGAAGCAAAAAACUAAAAAUUUAUUAUCAAUGAAA